CGAUGCGGCAGGUCACGCAACCAUACGGGCGACUCUGUCAUGUCAGCAACGGGAUUGAGCUCCAAGGUUACUGUGGAGUAUCAUGACCCGUCAGGAGUCUUUCCACUCGUGUCGCAGGACAUCGCCUCCAGACUCCCUCUGCGAAACCUCAACUGGCAUUCACCGCCUCGACCUUUGCGCCAGAUCAAGUCGCUGCAUCUCGAGUUCGUGCCAGACCAGCAGACCCAAGCAAGCGCUCGGCCAGUAGUAGCCCACACCGACUCCGAUGGCCCUCAGAGCAGCGUUGACAUUGUGAGGAGUGGCGCUAUUACGAGCAGGGAGAGACGGCAUCAGAUUCCAGGCUUCCGGACGAGUCCAUAUCUGAAGCUCUAUGUGCUGCGAUGUGAUGACAAGGACACCUACAAGGAGACUGAUCGAAAGAAGCUUCGCGAAUGGGUAAAAGAGAUUGCGCAGUCAGAGGGCAAGCUGGACCAUGAUGCUUUCGAAUGGCUCAUUCUCCAUGUGGUUGUUCCUGACACCUUAGCCGCGAGUGAGCCAAGAUGGCGCGAGAGUAGCAAAGAUCCCGACGACCUCAAGGAGCGCAAGGGUAGUAACAAGCUAAUUGGGAAAAGUACGCGAACAGUCUUCGACAGGCUGCGAGCAGAUUUCCACGACUCGGGCAAGUCUUCAGUCGAUCGCAUCGCACAGAUUCGAAUUGUGAAGCAGGACGCCGUUGCGGAUCUACUACCAACGCCAGUGGUCGCUCAGACGUAUGAGGAGACCGCCCAGGAGCGUGAGAAUGCCUGGAACGAUCUGGUCUCGAAGCUCAAAUCGUUGAUCCUUGGACCGUUCGACAGACGCGUGCGCCAGUAUGAAGCUGAUAUCGCCGAACAAGAGGAGCGGAGAUCUUUGCCAGGGUGGAACUUUUGCACAUUCUUCGUCCACAAGGAAGGCUUGGCCAUUGCGCUGGAAAGCGUAGGCCUCGUUGAAGAUGCCCUAGCUAUCUACGACGAGUUGUCGCUAGGCCUUGAAGUGGUACUGCGAGAAAUUGCUACUGGUCAAGCAAGGGGAACGGCGACGACCUUUCCAGACUUCACGGAUGAUGUUCAGACACGAAUUUUUGGUCCUGUCGACACACAACUCAAUGGCGGGUCAGACGAGUCCAAGAAUGAUAAAUACGAUGCUCAACUUCUGUUCAGCAAAGACUACCGAGAAAGAAUCCUCCGAAGCAACAUCACCAUAUUUGACUUCAUGUGCUACAUUUUCUAUAGGCAAAAGGCUCUGGUGUUGCGUCUGGCGAACGCGCGAUCUGCUCGUCUCGAGCACACGAGCAAAGAGGGAGGAGAAGACCUGGUUCUGACCGCCGAAGUGUGCUGGCGCGCCUCGAACUUCAUCCAUGUAGCUGCCAGAGCUCUGAGACAGGAUCAAUCGUCCGGCCAAGUUCCACAGCUAGAAGUGGAAGCGCUGGUCUGUUCCUGGACAUGGGCAAUUGCUGGCCAGGUAUUGGCAGAAACAGCGGCACCUGCGUUGCUCGACCUCACUAAUCAAGGAUUGCAAAAUCUCAAACAGCUCCCUAAUGGUACCUCGAAACGGCCAGCCACGAGUACUGGUAUUGGUGCUAAUAAGCAUCCCCAACGGACAUCAAGUUUACCGGACGCCCAAGCUGCGAUUGACUUAGCACGCCCUGCUACCCGGGGACACACUGCGAGCGGCACAUUUCCUGCAGGCACGAGUGGUGGCGCAGAUUAUUUAUUGCAUGGAGGCCUACCCGGCCAAGCAGACCUGGCCACAUACCGAGCGGAUCUGAUUAUGAUGCGACGGCGGAUGCUGGAGCAAUUGGCGCGUAUACAUGGCUGGUAUGCUGGCUCGGCUUUUGCGAAACAUGCCAGGACAAGCCAGCUGCAAGCCAUCCAAACCGACGGCACCUUGGAAAGCAAUAACAACAUCGAAAGCGUGCCGCGGUCGAGUCUGCUGGAUAAUUGCUUAGGGCCUUCACUCAGGCCAGCGUUGGCCGACGUACGAUCCUUCGAGACGGCCUACGAGAAGCUCACUCAGGCAGCCGCCAACCACUUCAGCACCGCAACGCAACAGAACUUCGCCGAGAGAUUGCUUGGCGACCUAGCCAUGUUGAAAUGUCAGCAAGGUGAUUGGCGGACUGCGGCAACAUAUUUCGAGCGUGUGGCGACUCGAGAAACCUAUGCUGGCUGGAACAGAAUGGAUGCCGAGAGGCUGAGUACCUAUGCGUACUGCCUCAAGAGGCUUGAGAGGAAGCAAGACUUCGUGCGGACCACUCUGGCACUUCUCGCAAAGAUCAGCAGACGUCGACGACUUCAACGGGCUUCGUGCGUCUCGAAUGGCAUAUCACGACCUGACAGUGACGAUUUGGACAGCACUGGACUGUUCAGAGAAGCAGCCGGUGUUGCCGACGGCUUAGAGAGUGAAGAGGUCCAGCCACUAAAAGACUUCUUCAGCGGCGUUGAGCUAGGUCGCAUCAUCUCACACCAUGACCAAACCGACGCUAUACAGCUACCGUUGGGUUUGGAUCAUGUUCUCGAUGAUGACUUGGAGUUUGACCAAGCAAGAGUGCGCCUUGUCAGCAUCCACGACCCCUUACAAGAGGUAUGGCUUGAGAACAACGCUCGAGUCAUCUUGAAGCCUGGUGCAAACAUGAUCGCGCUAGAAGCAAAGACAACUGCUUAUGGGCCAUACCUUGUGGAUACAGUCAUGCUGAAGGCUGGACGACUUUGUUUUGUGGAGCAUCUACGAGAGCCGCCGGAACCGACGCCGCUAGGAAUCACACUUAUUGAGCCUACUACGACAAUCAGAGACUCAUCCAAGUCGCCCGCUUUUGUUUUCCUCUAUCCACGAGCAGAGGCAUUCAAGGCAUCCAUCCGUCGAGCUCGAUUUACACAUAUCGACAAACCACGUCGCCUAGAAGUGAUCGUCAACUCGGGUCAGAAUGAAGUGAGCAGCAUCAACGUCAGAAUCAAGCCCAAAACAGCUGGUCUACGCCUCCACUUAGGUGAUGCAGCCCUAGAAAACAUAUCCUUUGACCCAACAGCAAUCGCUACGCCAGGACAAUUAGCUCUGGAAGGACUCGCGCCAGGUGCUGAAGCCAAAGUCGUCAUCCCAUAUACGACGGAGCAACCCAGUAGAGAAAUCACAUUCCAGCUCGAACUCAAGUACACGACUCUGGAAGGGACCUUGACCUGUCAGCUGCCUGGAAAGAUUGCAAAUGAAUUACCACUGGAUAUCGACGUCAAUGACAUAUUUCAACUUGACAAUCUCUACUCAAGCUUCACAGUGCGCACUACAACCGGGGUACCUUUUGCCAUUCUCAGCGCUGAACUUCGAAGUUCUCCCACUUUUGCGGUCGAGGCACCGCCAUCCCUGCCACUGCCACUGACGGUCUUUGACGCGCAGCCCGCGCAGUUACUCUAUACAAUCACACGAAGACGACAAUCGGAUCAUAACAGUGUCAAACGCGAUGCUGCCCUUACACUCAGCGUUGAUUACGAGCCAAUGGACGAGGCGCUCCUGUCAUGCCUUGAGCACGAAAUUGUAUCCGACCUGCAGAACAGCAGCUUUGCCAAGUAUGCUCGCCUCCUUGUACCACUGCUACUUGAGCGUACUCGGCAGCGCAUCGAACAUGCUGAUCUUGAGCUCGCGGCGUUGCUCCAAGAGAGCAGAGUGCCAGACUUCGAUGCUGUCGGAUGGGGCGAACUUCUUGCGACACUAGCGCCAGAAGUGAGAGAACCGCUAGGGACUUGGCUCCAUGAAUGGCACGCAAGACAUACGGUACUGUCGCUUGCCAGACGGCGCGGGGCUGAUCCACACUGCAUCGCUAUUUCCGUCGAUGUGCCCAAUGUCGACAUCGUCUUCAGCACUGCGACGGAGCUGCCGGACGCGGAACCACAAGUAAGAGGCCCUCGAGUGCUCACUCUUGGACAGCCCGUUUCAGCUCAUGUCCGUGUCAGGCAUACGUCAGGCUGGAGUGCGAAGAAUGUCUUUCCUAGUGUACCCACGUUUAAGAUUCAUGGCGAGGACGAAGAAACGACGUAUGUAAUCAGUGUCGACAGCGAGAACGAUACGUGGCUGGUCGGAGGACACAAACGUCGCCAUUUUGUGCCGCACGAUGGUACUGACCACACGUUUAGCAUUGUGCUGAUACCGCUUCGUGUCGGCUUACAGCCGCUGCCGGUGGUAGACGUGCGGCAGGAAGAGCUGAAGCUUGAGAGUGAAGAAGCAGAGAAGAAGCCGACUUUGACUACUUUCCAAUCGCACUAUGAAGGUGCAGGAGAGCUGGUUCAUGUCAUCAGAGAUGUCCAGAGUGCCACCGUGCACAUUCCAGAUUCACCACCGCCGGUGAGGCUUUCCAGUAGCAGCAGACCCGGAACAAGUGGGACACCUUGAGACAAUCUCCCCAAGGGCCCAUUCAGUGUAGAAGGUAGGUAAUACGAGUAACUGAGGAUGAUGCACGACAAGAUAUUCGCAGAAUAGACAGAAUGCAUAGCAUGAUACCC